GCAGGAGAGAUGCAUCAGGGUGUGUGAUCCUCAACAGAUGUAGAAUUGCUGUAUUAAUCAUCCAUCGUUUCACCGUGUUUACCGUCGAGACGCGGCAGCCUCGGUCUUCAUGAAGCCAUGAUGUGUUUGUAGCGAAUCAUUAACGAGAGGAAUAAUGCUCGCGAACACGGCGCUGCUCCUCAUCUCUUCAUUGAUGCGAUUGCACGUCACAGGGGGCAUCUCUGCGGAUGAGGAUGUUUAUCAGACUCCGCACCGGCGCCUGGCUAAUGGAAAGAUUGGCCCCGUGUACCAGCAAAUGGGUGCCCUCAUUCGGGAAAAGACUUUAGGAUUUAAAGGGGAAUUUCUUCAGGCUCAACCUCGCGGACGGGUGGCCAAGCUGAUGCCCUCAGCGUUUCUUCAAUCCCAUUUCCAAAGAGCUCCACAGAGGCAGUCGGACCUCCUGCAAAACACUGACCAUGCGGAAAACAAGCUCGCGUCUGGCCACCAUACGCUCACAAUGGAGGAAAAAGAUGAGAUUGAGCUGUAUGUGUCGUCUGUCGGAGGAUCAGAUCCUGUGGCCCAUGAAGAGAUGAUCCGACUGCUCAACAUCAACAAUCUUCAGCACACUCAAAACAUGCAGGCCACGUCAUACCUGAACCGGAGAUGUGACCCCAGUGCACUGAUGUCUGCGCAAAGACCCAGCUACAUGCACACACACCUCCCUAUGCCCACUGAGACAACUGCACAAGGAAGACAGUUUUCUCAGAUGUCCGUCACCUCAUCGGAACCAAAGACCAGCUCUGUCUCCUGGAAGCGUGCAGAAGCCCCUCAGAGUGGCCCCUCAAACCCUUCCACCAAGAGGAGGCGCAGGUCAUCUCCAGGACCGGUCAUCGUCAUCAAAGAUGAACCAGAGGAUGACGAUGAAGUUCGUUUUGUGAACACCAGUGCUAAAGCUAGUCUUCCAGACAGCACAGGGGUUCAGUCUCAGUCUGUACAGCAGGGUGAGCAGCAGUCGGAGAAGACCCCGGAGGCAGACGAAGACCCGAAUGAGGACUGGUGCGCGGUGUGCCAGAACGGAGGAGAGCUGCUCUGCUGCGACAAGUGUCCCAAAGUCUUCCAUCUCGGCUGCCAUGUCCCCACUCUGACUGCGUCUCCGAGUGGAGAAUGGUAUUGUACCUUCUGCCGGGAUCUUAAUUCACCUGAAAUGCAGUAUAACGCCAAUGCCGGCGGGGAAUCGAAGGACCUGAAGCAGGAUCUGCAUUCGGAAACAUUCACGCAUGUGGACAGAAGAAAAUGCGAGCGACUUCUGCUUCGCCUGUACUGCAAUGAGCUCAGCACUGAUUUCCAGGAGCCGAUAACACCGUCGUCGAUGCCGGAGUACAGUGAGAUCAUAAAGACCCCCAUGGACCUGUCUGUGGUCAGAAGCAAGCUGGAGGGCGGCCAAUACAAGAGCACUGAGGACUUUGUCGCCGACGUCAGACUGAUCUUCAAAAACUGCGCAACCUUCCAUAAGGAAGACACUGAGAUGGCCAGUGUCGGUGCUAAUCUGGAGAGCUUCUUUGAGGAACAAGUGAAACUCCUGUAUCCAGAGCGGACCUUUCCUGGCGUGAAAGAGGAGGGCAUUGCUUCCGUGUGUCCUGAAGAAACCAGUCCCAUCACCAAGACCCCUCCGCAGGACACUUCUCCAGCAGAGGAGACUGCGAGACCUUCCGGAGAAGAUCUCCCUCUGGAGGAAGCUAACGCUAAAGAGCCGGAGGAGAAGCCAGAGAACAUUAGCUCUCCUGCAGGAUCUGGUCUCGCAGAGGCUGAAACGGACAGCAAAGAGACUCCAGCAUCCUGAAGGAAUCUUCCUCCUCCAUGCUUGAAAGCAGCGGCGCACACACUCUGUCCUGGAGGGUCGCUGUCCUGCAGAGUUUAGCUCAGGAUUCAGGGUUGUUAUUAUUAUUUUGUCCCUACAUUGCAAAAAUGCUUAUUUACGUCAAGUUUUUGUCUCGUUCGUAGUUCAGAUAUGUCAAUAUUCUUAAAUCAAGAGGAAUUUUCUAGACAAGUAAAGAAUAUUGCUUUGUUUUCAGAAAUAAUGAGUCAAAAUGAAGUGGGGUUUUCCUUGAAACAAGCUAAAUAUUCUACCAUUUUGCCUGAUUUAAAGAAAAACUCACUUAAUUUAGCCUUUUUUUUCUGAAAACAAAGCAAUAUUCUUUACCUGUCUAGAAAAUUCUUCUCGAUUUAAGACGUUUUUAGAUACUUGCACUAGAAACAAGACAAAAACUCUGAGUUAAAAAGCUCUGUUUCAGCUUAAGGUCUGCAACAGAUCAAUAAUCAAUACACAAAAUCUAAAGAAGGUGCUUCCAAUACCUGCAACACAUCAUUUCACCACCACCUCAUGCCCUGAGUUCACUGAUGAGGGAAUGAAAGAAUGUAUACACAGAUUUGGCUGUGUUUUCCUAUAUUUAACCAAAACCCUAUAACCUCUGCCUGAGGGAAGCAGCUCAUAUUCAAGUACAAGAUAUGAGAGAUAUCUGCUGUUACCUGUUUUGUUUUCAUGAGAAUUUAUAGGGAACGAGGGGGAAGCUCCCUUCACCCUCAUUACUUUAAUACUGUACGAACCAGUCCAUUUAUUUGGGAUUUUUACUUCACUGAUAUGUUACAAUUCUAUAAGAUAAGACGGAUAAAACCGCAUCAGUGAGCUCUGUCCAACACUAUAUAGUUGUGUCAGUCGAUUAUACACGCUGCCUCUGAAACUUUUGUUCGUAAUUAAAAAAAUUAGAUCAGGAUUUUUAUGUUUGUUUUCUUUUUCACAUCUGUAGGGAUUAUUUUGAGAGGUGUUUUGACAAUUCACAGCCACUGUACGAGCAAAAGACAAAAAUCUAGGCCAUGUCCACGCAUCGUCACCUUGGAGUUGUAAGGUUCUGUCUGCGUUCUGAAUGAUUUUGAGAUAUCGAGCUUCAAAGUUUUGGCAUUCCAUAGCAAACAAUACGUGUUAACAAUUGU